AUGUGCAUUGAAGAAAAUCAGGCAUGCCAAUGAAUAGGUGCGUAUAAACUCUAUUUCUUGCUUUUUUUUUUACUAAACAUGUUGUUGAAUUUAUAUUUUUGUAAGCACAAAGAAGUGUUUGGUAUAUGAGAUAAUAAUAAUAAUAAUUACGAAAUAAAAUUUAAGAUUAGCUUUAUUUCACAUCUAAUAUGAUGUAUUAUCUAAUUUAAAAAUAUUUGUUAUCGCAUAAUAAAGGGUAGGAUGCAAUAAUUCUACGAAUAUUCUUGCUUAUCUAAAAAUUUAUUGGGGAUAACUAGGGAAUCAUUAGUUACUAAUUUGAACUUGUUGGAAGUCUGUUGUUGUAAAUGUAUGCAAUGUGUUUGCUAAAAUGCCUAAAUGAGUUUUAGAACAAGAAAACAUUUUUUUUUGUUAUUAGUUUCUUUGCUUCAUAGUGAACAAGGUAUUCGUAGAUUGGGUUAGUUACCAAUUUUCUUCUUCUUUGUAUUUGGAUUUACUGCAUUUGAGCCGAAGGUCUUUCUGAAACAGUCUCUAUCCCUCCACGAGUGCCAGGUCGAGUCAGCUACAUUAGCGAAAAUGUGUAGACAAUACCAGCCAACUUUCACUACAAGAACUUGUAUGACACUUGCAGUUAGGAUAUACAGUGACAGGUCGAGUUAGCAACAUUUGCAAGGAUGUGUAGACAAAUCAGCCAACUUUUGUCACAAGAACUUGUACUACACUUGCAGUUAGGAUACACUUGUACGAUUAAUCAGUAUCAGCCAAAACGAAGAUAAUUAAGGAUCAGAAAUUGGUUAAUAGCUACGUCAUAUGAGAUUCCAAGCUGGUUUGAAAGGACGGAUCAUGUAUUGGGAAGUCAUUGGACUUGUAUGGAAAGAAUGAUAUGUCAUUUUUAACAUUCUAGAUGAUUCUAAAAGCAGUUAGCGAAACUCAUUCUCCCCUGACGCACUUAAUGCAAAAGUGCAGAACUCUCAACCAUCUAAAAGAGCUCCAUUGCCAACUCCUCAAACUUUACCUCCCAGAAACUCCGUCAGCCAUUGCUCCACUUCUUUCAUUUGCCGUCAAUUCUAGGAUUCCUUCUUUCUUCAACUAUUCGCGUAUUGUGUUUCAAAAUCUUGGCUACCAAAGUACCUUUUUGUACAAUACCAUGAUCAGAGGAUACAUGCAAUCAGAAAUGCCGAUACCAGCAAUUAUAUGCUACAAAGACAUGCUGAGAGAUAAACUUAUUGUGAAUAAUUAUACCAUUCCACCAUUGAUAAAGGCUUGUUCAAUGGUUUCAAAUGAGUUUAGCCUACUUGGGUUUUCAGUCCAUGCCCAUUCACUGAAGUUGGGAUUACAAUAUGACCGGUUUAUUGUUGCAUCAUUGAUUGAAUUUUAUUCCCUACAUCUCGAGAUGGACAGAGCGCGUAUUUUGUUUGAUGAAAUUCCCGACAGGGAUGUGGUUUUGUUUACUACCAUGAUUGAUGGAUACGGGAAAAUAGGGGAUGUGGGAAAGGCCAGAUUGUUGUUUGAAGAUAUGCCGGAGAGGAAUGUGAUUUCUUGGAGUGCAAUGAUGGCAGCAUAUUCACGGGCUAGUGAUUUUAAGGAGGUUCUUUGCUUGUAUCGGAGGAUGGAAGAAGAUGGUCUUAAGCCCAAUGAGUCUAUUCUUGUAAGUGUCCUCACCGCUUGUGCUCAUCUAGGUGCCUUAGCACAAGGCUUUUGGGUACAUUCAUUGGCUAAGCAUUAUAGUUAUGAGUCGAACCCAAUAUUGGCUACUGCAUUGGUUGACAUGUACUCUAAAUGUGGGAGAAUAGAGUUGGCUUCAUCAGUCUUUGAAGAGAUGAAUUAUAAGGAUACUGGAGCAUGGAAUGCCAUCAUAUCAGGCUUUGCAAUGAAUGGAGAUGCAAUGAAAUCAUUUCAAUUGUUCUAUAGGAUGUUAGCAAGUGGGAAUCAACCAAAUGAAACCACAUUUGUUGCUGUGCUCUCUGCUUGCACUCAUGCAAAUUUGGUUGAAAAAGGUCUUUCACUGUUUGAAAGAAUGAGCAGUGUUUAUGGGGUUGAACCCAGGUUUGAGCAUCGUGCAUGUGUGGUAGACCUGUUAGCCAGAGCUGGUAAGCUCGAGGAUGCAGAGAAGUUCAUUAUUGAGAACAUGGGAGGGAUAGAGAAAGGGGAUGCUAAUGUAUGGGGAGCUUUACUUGGUGCUUGUAGGGUCUACGGUGAUCUUAAAGUAGGUGAUAGAAUAUGGAGAAAAUUGUCUAACAUGAAGGUAGCUGACUAUGGUACUUACGUACUUGCAUACAACAUGUACAAGGAAGCUGGUUGGGAAAUGGAAGCCAACUGUGUUAGGAAAUUGAUCGAGCAGAUGAGGAUAAAGAAGCAGCCUGGAUGUAGCAUCGUGGAGGUGAAUGGGGUGGUUAAAGAAUUUCUCGCGAGUGAUCUUUUACAUCCCAAGUCACGAAUAGUCCACGACGUGCUUGAAUCCUUACCUAAUGUAAUGCAUCUUAUUGAUUGAGCAUGAUGUCGUAUGAUCAGAUUAUGGACAAAAGUAUUGCAGUUCUCUUUGUUUUUAUGUAUUCUGAAGCUAGAAUUGCUCCAUGUUAUGCAAAAUGGCCAGUGGAUAUUGGUAAUGAGAUCAAGAAUGGUUCUUAUGCAGAGCUAUUUGGUUCCCAAGAUUGCUCCAACUCCAUGAAUUAAGGGGUCGUUUGGUAGCUGAUUUGGAGGUGAGGUAUGCAUGUAUUAAAUUUUGUAGAAGUAAUACUACAUUCGGUAGUUGGUUAGGAGGUGAAUUAGUCAUGUAUAAAAUUAAUACGGCGUUUGGUUUGAAAUUUAGAAAGCCACAUGACUAAUACAUGUUUAAGUUGUAAGGGUAUAUCUAUGUGUUAUUUUAUGCGGAAUAAGAAGUAAAAUAACUAAACUCCGCAUGAAAUAUUAUAUAGAUUCAUUACUUAUACUUGAUUAAUUGUAACCAACUCUCAAAUGACACCUGUUCUGUCAUUUACUUUCUUACAACUUAUGCCCAUUAAUACCAACCUUGUACCAUUGUCUCUGUGAUGUGACUUGAGUGGUCCUAGUAUCCAAUAGAGAAAAUUCAAAAAUGGCUCAUUAUGUUUGGGAUAGGCUUAGAAUAAUCCCUGAAAUAUACUUCCUCAACAGUUUUGGGAGUUUUUAAGUUUGUCAUAAGUGAGCAUUGGCUGUUAGAUUUAAUUAGAAAUUGUUGAAAAGAAAGAAUUAACAGGAACUCACAUUAUUUUUCAGUUUCUGCUCGUUUUUUUUUUAUUUCUUAAUGUCUUUGGGUGGCUUGAAGAUCUGUCUACCUCCUAAAGUUGGGUUACAUACCCUUCCCAGACCCCACUUGUGAGAUUACACCGUUGUUGUUUGCUGAGCGACUGGAAGACAAAGUCAACACAGAACACCAAGUUUACAUAUUAGCCUCAUGUUUCAUUUGACUGAAACCUCUAUCCAGAUUCCAGUCCUAGAUCCCAUAUGAUCAGUUUGUUUAUCUAGAUAUCCAGGACACUUGAAAUGGCUGAGGCUGCCAUAGUCAAAGCGAUAUCAAAAAUCUCAGAACAAGCGUUUUUCCUAUAUGGAGUGAAUGAAUAAGUAAGAGAACUUGUUACAGAGCUGGGACGUAUGCGGGCAUUCUUGAAAGACGUUGAUACAAGAAAACAGAAAGGAGAAAGAGUAAAAAAUUGUGCUGAUGAAAUUCGAGACCUUGCACAAGAUGCAGAGGGCGUAGUUGAGAAGUUUGCCGCUGAGGUAAUGAAGAGAUCAAACGGGGAAGACACUGUUUAUUGUUUCUGUACAAUGUUAGCUAAUGUUGUGAAAGAGGUUAUUCCAAGGUACAAAAUAGGGUGGGAUAUAGGAAAGAUCAACAAGAGAGUUAAAAGCCUCAGAGAAAGUUUAACAACUUAUGGUAUAGUUUUGACUGAUACUAUAAAUGAAGGAGAAACAUCUUUACAGAGUGGAGAUACUGGUGUUGGUAUAAAUGAAGGAGAAACAUCUAUUAUUAGAGAAGUGAAAUUAGAGAGUGGAGCUAUUGGUGUUGAGAGAUGGGGAGGUUCUGGAGGAAGUCAUUGGAAUUAUAGGCCUAAAGGUGUAGUUAAACAGAUAGUAGUAAGGCAUGGAUUGAUUAUAGAUGCUAUAAUGUUUAAGAGCAUUGAAGAAAAUGGUGUCAUGAAGUCUUCUAAAACAUUUGGUGGUUCUGGAGGCAAAUUGACUGAGAUCAAUAUAGACAGUCCUUCAGAGUAUUUGACAGGCUUAAGUGGGACAUAUGGACUCUAUGGUCCCUAUCUUAUAAUAAAAUCCAUUAAGGUUCACACUAACCUUAGCCAUCAUGGCCCUAUGGGUUCAGUAAUUGAGACUGAUACCAACUUCUCAUUCAUUAUGCAAGGUGGGGUUAUUGUUGGAUUCCAUGGAUUUUCAGGCUUAUUUCUUGAUGCCAUUGGUGUGUAUGUUAUGCCAACAAGCAUAAAUUUACCUUCUUAGUAGGCACACUAUCUCAUCAACAUAUAUAUAUAUAUAUAUAUAUAUAUAUAUAUAUAUAUAUAUAUAUAUAUAUUUGAGAUAGCUUAUGUUGAUAAGCUUUUAAGUAUUUUGAUCAAUAUCAUCUUGUUUGGAUGGUAAUUGUUAUUCGUUGUAUUGUAUCGUUUAGUUUAAAUGUCAUGUUUAUAUUUUG